AUGGCUGCAUUUUGUCAUUAUUUAUUCUUCUUGUGGCUGGCGAGCAGCGCCUCUACUGUGUUGGCUGGUGAAGACAACACAGGCCAUCGAACUCUACUAAUAGAGCCUACGGUUACUCAAUUACAAAAUUAUGCUGCCCUGGGAGAUUCAUAUGCCGCUGGAGUAGGCGCAGGUUUUGAAGUCGACAAUGGUUGCUGGCAAUUUGCCGACAGCUACCCAGGCCUGCUCAAUCGUAGCAACUUGCUUCCAGAGGCCCAUACUUUCCAAUUCCUAGCAUGCUCAGGGGUCAGGAUGCUGGACAUGGACACAUACACAAACCGUGCCGAGAGAAAGUUGCACAGGUCGGUGGCCGAGUAUAUUGACAAAGUCGAGAACGCAAGUGUUGCAACUUUGUCUAUUGGUGGCAACGACGUGGGUUUCUUUAACCUGCUCAAUGCCUGUGUCUAUAACUUCUACGGCCCAUUCUCUGGCUCAUGCGAGAAUAUGCUAGACUUUGCAAGUGCGGUCGUACACAGCAGUCAGUUCGCCGAGGGCUACAACGCGAUGCUAGACUUGCUACUGGAAAGGAGGGAUUUGCCUUCCUUCAGGGUCCUUGCGACUGGAUAUAGUGCCUUUUUCGACGAUUCACUGACAGAAGAUUGCAACAACUAUACCCUAAGUUACUGGCCUGGUUGGUGGCAUCAGAGUCUCACUGUCGAGCUGCGGAAGAGAAUGAACAAGAUCUGCGAGGACUUGAAUGCCAAAAUUGGUCAGAUAAUUGAGGCACGAUCGGAUGACAGAGUAAUAUGGGUUAACUGGGCACCUCGAUUUGACAAGCACCGCUUCUGCCAACCGGGAAAACCACCCGUAAACGGCGAUGAUACUUGGUUUUUCGACGUAGAGUUCCGAAGUUGGGUCCCAGAUGAAGUCGUUGAUAUCGAGACCUGCGAGCAUGAGUCAAGCCUGUCCGGGGACUGGGGGGAAAGGGCUUUGUGUGGGGUAGCAAUUGUUAAAGCAAAGUUUCCCUAUGCAACGACGCAAGGUGUCAAUGACAGUGUAAGUGCCAAAGGUGGUCGUGAACCCUUUGCUCCGAGCACAGCAAGGCUGUUUCAUCCAACCUUACAGGGGCAUCAGGCUAUUUUAGAAGAGAUACGUCGUGUUUGGCCGUAUGAUUAG